AUGCCAUUUAAAGUUCGCAUCUCAAAAUUUCGUCAUGUAUAUGGUUCACCAUAUCGUGAACAAGAUUGUUAUAAAAAUAUUUCUAUAACACGUAAUGCACAUGAUGGAAAUUAUUGUGCUGUUAAUUCAAAAUUUUUAGCUAUUGUAACUGAAACAUCAGGUGGUGGAAAUUUUCUUGUUAUACUCUUAUCAGAGGUUGGUCGUAUUGAUGUUAAUCAUCCUCGUAUAACAGGACAUCGUGGACCUGUUGUUGAUCUUAAAUUUAAUCCAUUUAAUGAUAAUGAAAUAGCUUCUUGUUCAGAUGAUGGAACAGUUAAAAUUUGGUUUAUACCAAAUGAUGGUUUAAAAAUUGAUACAUAUCAAUGGAAAAUUGAUUUACAUGGACAUCAAAGACGUGUAGAUUAUAUUGAAUGGCAUCCAACAGCAGAAAAUCUUAUAUUAAGUGCUGGUUUUGAUUAUCAAGUUAUAUUAUGGAAUGUUGAAAAAGCUGAACCAAUACAAAUUUAUCGUUGUCAUACAAAUGCAAUACAAUCAAUAACAUGGAAUCGUAAUGGUUCAUUAUUUGCAACAACUUGUAAAGAUAAACAAAUACGCGUUAUUGAAGCUCGAUCAGGUCGAAUAAUUGCUAAUGGUAUUGGCCAUCAAGGUCCAAAAGCAUCAAAAGUUGUUUUUUUAGGUGAUACAAAUCGUCUUUUAUCAACUGGUUUUGGGAAACAAUUUGAACGACAAGUAGCAAUUUGGAAUGCUAAUGAUUUAUCAAAUCCAUUAAUAAUUGAAACAAUUGAUUUUAGUGCCGGUGUUCUUAUUCCGUUUUAUGAUCAUGACACACGAAUAAUUUAUUUAGCUGGAAAAGGUGAUGGAAAUAUUCGUUAUUAUGAAUUGACUGAUCAAAGUGAACCUUAUUUAUAUUGUCUAUCGGAAUAUAAAUCAGCAUCACCACAAAGGUGUCUUGGUGUAAUGCCAAAAAUUGGUCUUGAUGUAACUCGUAAUGAGAUUAUGCGGUUUUAUAAAUUAUUUGCUACUGGAUCUAUGUGUGAACCUAUAUCUAUGAUUGUUCCAAGAAAAGCAGAAACAUUUCAAUAUGAUAUAUAUCCAGAUAUACCUGGACCAUAUCCAGCUUUAUCAGCUGAUGAAUGGAUAUCUGGUAUUGAUCGUGAUCCAAUACUAGUAUCAAUGAAAGAUCGUAUAGAAAAUACAAAUAUGCCAAAAAUUACUACAUAUCGAACAUUUGAUUACACACCUGUUUUUUCAAAUCGUGGAAUAUCACAACGAAUAACUCAAUUACCUAUAGCAGAAGUUACACCUACACUGAAAUCUAAUACUAAUGAUCAAUCAUCAUCUUCUUUAUCAGUAUCAAUUGAAAAAUUACCAGUUGACAUAAAACAGCAAACAAGUCAGACAAGUUUAAGAAAAAUUGAAUCAUUAAGAAUGCCCGCAACAAGUACAGAAUUUCAUUAUAUUAGAGAUAAAUUUCAAAAUCAAGCACGACAAAUACAACAAUUGAAUAAAAAUAAUCUUGAAAUAAAGAAAAAAGUUUGGAGUGUUGACACAAAUGAUAAUUAUUCAUAUAUACAAGAACAACAAAAAAAUGGAAUUGAUUAUCGUCAAGAAUAUCUUAAACAACUAGAAGAAAUUCAAUCAUUACAUGAACUUAUAUCAUUAAAAGAUAAUCAAAUUCGUUCACUUGAAGAUGAAUUACGAUUAUUAAAAAUUGAACCGGAAGUUCAAGAUAAUGAACUAACUACAUAA